CCCCCGGCCGUGCUGCAGGUGCCCUUGUCCUCAGCCCUUUCGGGGCAUCUCUCCUGCCUGCCCCUCGGGCGUGAGCUGUGGGGUCCCAGCACAGACCUCGGACCCCCACUGCGCCCGCCGGCCCCGGGUGGGUGGUCGCAGCCCGCGGCGAGGCGGCACCGUCCCGCUGCCGGCCCCCGUCCCCUCAGGGGCCGCGCUCGGCCCGCGCUGCCGCUGCCCGCCGUCACUUCCGCCGCUCCAUAGCAACGACGGCGGCGGCGGCGAGGCCAUGGCUGAGGUGGAGGAAACCCUAAAGAGGAUUCAAGCCCACAGAGGGGUUGUCGCGACUAUCGUUGUGAACGCCGAAGGAAUUCCAAUAAGAACAACUCUUGAUAACUCUACAACAGUCCAGUACGCAGGUCUUCUUCAUCAGCUCACCAUGAAAGCUAGGAGCACAGUGAGAGAUAUUGAUCCUCAGAAUGAUCUAACCUUUCUUAGGAUCAGAUCAAAGAAACACGAAAUUAUGGUAGCUCCAGAUAAGGAGUAUCUCCUGAUCGUUAUUCAGAACCCAUGCGAAUAGUCCUACUAUGGUAAUAUUUUUAGAGACAGUGAUGUAGUUCUACUUGUUAAACUAAUAUUACUUGUUGAUAUUUAAUAUCAAACAUAGCACUAAGUAAUUUUACAUAAAGUGUAACUGUCAUGACUGAAAUGUUGCCAAUUUAAAGUUCUCAGUUGUAGCUGUAUCAAUUUGUGUUUGAGCAAAUCAUAACACAUGUAUCAAAAUAUUGUAUGUUUAUCUUGAUACUCAGAAGAGCAAUAAUAAAGCAAAAUGUUUAAAAUUCUCUUUAA